CUUUAUUUUUUGAAAAUAACCGUGCUCAGGCGACAGGCGCCAUUGUUUCGAACUUCAUAGGGAUGUGGUGAUUUUAUCUAAAGUUUAAUUAUUAUAAGUAAUUACCUUACAUUAGUGUGUCGAAGAAUACAUCAGAUAAAGUACACACUGGAUAAACGGCUGCACGAGUCGACAGCUAUGGCGCAGCGGGUUGCAUUGAGUGAAGCUGCUGCUGGAUCAAAACGGACCUCCAGGGUUCGUGUGGCGGUUCGCCUGAGACCCUACAUGGACAAAGAGGAUGAGAAGGGAGAGGGGCCGUGUGUCAGGGGUCUGGGGCCACAGAAUCUGGAGAUCAUCAAUUGGAGGAACGCCACCGAAACGCUUCAGUAUCAGUUCGAUGCAUUUCAUGGUGAGCAGACGAGUCAGCAGGAGGUGUUUGUGUCUUCAGUAAAACCCAUCCUCCCCCACAUCCUCAAUGGUCAGAACGCCAGUGUGUUUGCCUAUGGACCCACUGGAGCAGGAAAGACUCACACGAUGCUCGGCAGUCAAGAGCAGCCCGGAAUUAUUCCCAGAGCUGUCAAGGAGGUCUUCAAUCUGGUGGCAGCGCAGGAAGAAGAGCAGGACUCUUGGCAAUACUCUGUUGGGAUGUCCUACUUGGAGAUCUACAAUGAAAAGGUUUUGGACCUGUUGUCCUCAGGUUCCCAUGAUCUGCCCAUCCGUGAAGACAAGGACAGAAACAUCCUGAUUCCCGGGCUAACGGACACCCCCCUGUCAUCUUUCUCCGACUUUGACAGACAUUUCAUUCCCGCGAGUCUGAACCGCACCACAGCCUCCACUAAACUCAACCAGCGCUCCAGCCGCAGUCACGCCGUCCUCCUUGUGAAGGUAGUGAAGUCCCAGCGUAGGCCACCACACAGACAGCAGACAGGAAAGCUUUAUCUGGUUGACCUGGCUGGCUCGGAGGACAAUCGGCGCACAGGGAAUCAAGGCAUUCGUCUGAAAGAAAGUGGAGCCAUCAAUCUGUCCCUGUUUACCCUUAGUAAAGUGGUGGAUGCUCUAAACGCUGGGGCUGGAGGACGCGUUCCCUACAGAGACAGUAAACUCACACGUCUACUGCAGGACUCACUGGGUGGCUCCGCCCAUUCGGUCAUGAUCACGAAUAUCGCGCCCGAGUACAGCUAUUACUUCGACACUUUCACCGCUUUGAACUUUGCUGCUAAGUCCAAACAGAUUGUCAAUCGGCCCUUUGUCAGGGAAACUGUGUUGGCUCCUGCUAUUGUUCCUGGAAAGAGAGGCCGAGAUGAACAGGAGGCUGGAGGUUCAGGGGAGCCCCAGACUAAGAGGUGUAAAGAGAGGAAGAAAGCCGGGCAGCCCACGUCUCCUAGCAUACAACCUCAUAGUUCACCAGAUUCCUCAGUUCUGGAGAGACUUCUGGCCCUGGAGAAGAUGAUGAUGGGUUCACCAGAGAAAGAGAGACUCAAUCUGCUCAAAACUGUGGCCCAGUCUCGUAAAGAGAUUCAGAUGUUGAAGGAGAAACAAAAGGAGCUGGAGAACAAUGCCAGCAUGUUUAAGAAGACUGAAGUGAGUGAGAAAGGGCUCUUUAAAACAGACUUGCCCCCUCUGCACAGAAAACAGUCAACAGCCAAACCUCGCAGACAGCAGGCCGUCGUCACACCUCUACAGGUGUCUCAGGUUCAGCCUCUACCGUGUGCGGUGUUGUGUAAAUCUUCACAAACUCUGGAGAAAAAGAAACGUCCUCCAGCAGAGAUCUGUGAGGGGAAGGAGAACGGAGGCCAGGACGAUGCAAACUGGGAGAUGCGUCUGGAUUCAGAGUUACUGGAGCGGUCACGGAAGAAGAUCCUACAGACGCUUAACUCCGGCUCGCUGAAGGAGCUCAAGAGUCUGCAGCUCAUAGGAGAUAAGAAAGCAAAGCUGAUCAUGGGCUGGAGAGAGAUCCAUGGAGUCUUCACACAGGUGGACGACCUGAGAAAGAUUGAAGGCAUUACAGCCAAACGCUUCUCGUCUUUCAUAAAGGCCAAUAUUCUCAGCAGUUUGGGAAAGUGAUGUGCGAAGGUGUCAUACGAGGAGACCUUGUUUUUGUUUUUAUCACGCUUUAUGUAUAUUGUUUUUAAUUCUGAGCUUCUGUUUAUACUUUGCUUUCGUCUUCUCUUACCUUUCCUGCAUGCAUAUGCCAAAUCUUUUUUAGUAUUUAACCAUGAUUUUUUUUUUUUUAAAUAUGUAAUUUGGGUUGUUUGU